UUGAGAUUUAAAAAUAGAUCCGUUGAGAAAUAAAUGUCCAGAUGGGAGGUAUGUGAUGAAUAAAAGAAUUCACGGUGGGUUUCACUGGAAUUCUAUUGCCCUGAUUUUCCGCAUUUAAGGAGUUGUGUUCCACUAGUGUAGUCAAGCUAUACAUAUAGAUCAAGCACCAGAAUCGUCUAGUCAGAGACACCCCAGCAGAGAUAAAUUACUUGGAUGCUCAGUGCACACGAUAUAAUACAAAACGAGACAUUCUGCAUUUACUUCCCAGGAUUUAACAAUCAUCGUCAGCAACAGCCAGUAAUGCAGCAGCCGCCGAUCGCCGAGUUUUGAUGUGAGCGUAUAUUGACACUUCAAUCCAGUGUCGCUGCCUAAUUUUCUCAAGUGUCGUGAUUUUGAAGGCUCUAAGGGGUGAACCUAUCAAUCAAAAUAAUUUUACAAGAACUGUGACUUUGAUUGAUAUCAUAUAAUAUGUUCCAUAUCGGAGUCUGGUAAUCAUGCGUGCGAAAAAUUUCAGAGAGGUAUCGCAGUCUCGCUUCCCAAAGAAAAAACAUCGCACAGGACGUUACAUCGCCGUCGGGGCAUUUCUAAUAGUCACGUUGCUAACUCUCCAUCACGUGCUCUUGAGAGACGCUUCUAAAAUAGCUGGAAUAUUCGUACCCACUAUCAUAAUGGGCUGCUACAUUCUAUGGAUUGCCUACUCAGCUCGGAGAGAUAAGCUCAAGGUUCGGCGACGUAGAGCGGCCUUGGCGAUGCAGCUGACGGAAGUGAUUGUUAACAAGCCACCAAGAUCAAAAUCAGCAUCAGUAACAGCAGCAACACCCGGUGAUAAAGGAAAAGGAAGUGGUGGUGCUGCCAAAGGAGGAGCUGUUGCUGGUAGGACACCUCAGGAAAACCCGGGGUUGACAGUAAAGCACAACACUGUGCUGACAAGUGUGCAUGAGAGGCCGGUGGUUUUGUCCAGAGUUGAUUCUGAUGGCCAUGCAAGCUCGGAAAAAAGUUUAGACUCAAUUUGAUUUUAAUUUUAAUAUUUCUUUUUUUAAACUUCUAUGUAAUUUUUUGAACAAAAC